AUGUCAUGUCUUGAGGUCGUGUAUAAAGAAAUAGUAGUAGAAGUCGUGCCUAAAGAAGUAGAAGUCGUGUACGAAGAAGCAGAGGUCGAUCUGGAAACUAAUACCGUAACUAACGUAGAGAUUAACGUCGUCGUAAGUGCCGCCGCCGCUAAUAAUCUAAUAGCAGUUCUAAUAGUGGAAACUAAUGCCGUAAAUAUCGUAGAGACCGACGUCAUAGGUCUCGCGAGCGCCGCUACUAUAAAUAUAGAUACCGUCGUCAUUCUAAUAUCCGUAGUUCCCACUUCCGCUAAAACCGCUAUUUCUACUUCUGCUGAAUCUACUAAAUCCGCGACUACUACUACCGUAGCUUACUCGACUUGGCCGAGAAAAGAUAACGAUUAA